AUGAGAAUCGAUCUCGCAGUCGUGUUAUUCACGCUCUUCUCCUCGACGGUCGCUCAGGCCAUCGAUGGACCCCGUCACAUCAAGCGCGUCGAUUCAACCCCCAACACCGACGAGCACGAGCUGUUCAAGCGUCGUGGCGGCGGUGGAGGUGGUGGUCGCGGAGGCGGUGGUGGAAGCAGAGGUGGGAGUUCCCGUGGAGGCAGCAGCGGCAGUCGCGGCGGCUCAAGUGGCAGCGGCGGCAGCAGCGGCGGUAGUCGUGGUAGUUCAUCAGGAUCAGGCUCAUCUCGUAAUUCAGGUUCAGGUUCAGGAUCCCGAGGCGGCGGCGGCUCUGGCGGCGGUGGUCGUGUCCCUGCCCGAGGCCCCCAGCCCAGCUAUGCCGGCGGUCGAUACCCUGGCGGUGCUUCAAGACCCUACUCUUCCGGAAGCAGAUCUCCCGGCGGCAUCUUGCCUUUUGCCCUAGUCGGUGGUGCUCUGGCUUUCUGGCCCGGUGUUUGGCUGUACGGCGCGUACAUGUACCCUUACAACCACAACUACCGAUACUACAACGAGACAAGCGAGGAGGAAGAGGAGCGCCCUAUUCUUUGCGCAUGCUCCAGGGAAGCAUCGUGCGGAUGCGACGAGGACGACAACAAGAACGCCACUGAACUCUACGACCAGCUUAUCGGAAACGGCAGCUACGAAGCUCUCAACAAGUCUAUCGUCGACGUUGCAGAAGUUAACGGUACAACGACAAUUCUCAUCAAUGGUACUCUCCCCGAGGAUACUCAACUUCCCGAAGACGAAGAUUCCUCCGAUAGCGCUGCAGCUCGAACAAUGAUCGAGGCCAUGGGUUACUGGCCCGCAGCAGCCGCCGUCAUGGCAGCUGUUUUUGUCGCUUAA